AGGCGCAGGAAGAGAUCGCUCCAAGCAAGGUCUCUUGCCUCAGUUCUCUUCUUUAUUUUCCAUGAGCUAGCUUUUAUUUUCUUUUCUUUUUAAGACUCUAUUUAUCCACUCAUGAGAGACACAGAGAGAGAGAGAGAGGCAGAGGGAGAAGCAAGCUCCAUGCAGGAAGCCCGAUGUGGGACUCGAUCCCUGGACCCUGGGAUCAUGCCCUGAGCCAAAGGCAGAUGCCCCCCGCUGAGCCACCCAGGAGUCCUCAUGAGCUAGCUUUUAGCCCUUGACUUCCUACCCUCCACCUGCACCCCGAGUCCCCAGCUCCUCCAGGUUGUCUAUCUCCAAACUUUGGACUCUUCCUAUUCCAGGGCAGCUCAAAUUCUGCAGCGACAGGAAAUAGAUCUUCCCCCACUCUGCCCCAUACCACCCAGGAGAGCUGCCCCUUAGAGAAGCCACAAGGGGAAUGAGAACACAGUGUCCCCCCUGAGGGGGCUGGACUGGACCCCGAAGCCCUCCUCCCGUGCCCCGGCUGCCCCAGAGGACACCUACCUGGACAGUGCCGAUGAGAAGAACAGAGGAAGGAAGAGCUCACCCCAGUUGGGCUCCUGAGCCAGGGCCAGGGCUCCCAUGAAGCUGCACACUCCAGGUCCGCAUGCCCAAUCGGCUAUUUAAGGAGCUGUUCUCCAGCAACCCAGGCAGCCCCCCCACCCCCACCCUGUACACCCGUCCAGAGCCACCUUAAAAGCAGGAGGCAAUUGUGAAGUCGCUGGCCAGCAAGUGGACUGAAGACUGUAGAGUCCCUCUAGUCCCCAAACUCCCAGUACCUGCUUCUUCCGGGGAUACCAUGCUGUUCUUCAGUCUCCUGCUGGAGGUGAUUUGGAUCCUGGCUGCAGAAGGGGGUCGGCAGCACUGGACGUACGUGGGCCCACACGGUCAAGACCACUGGCCAGCCUCUCACCCGGAGUGUGGCAGCAAUGCCCAAUCCCCCAUCGAUAUCCAGACAGACAGUGUGACCUUUGACCCCGAGUUGCCUGCUCUGCAGCUCCAAGGAUACGACCAGCCUGGCACUGAGCCUUUGGACCUGCACAAUAAUGGCCAUACAGUACAACUCUCUCUGCCCCCUACCAUGUAUCUGGAAGGACUUCCCCGAAAAUAUGUAGCUGCCCAGCUUCACCUACACUGGGGUGAGACAGGAUCCCUGAGGGGAUCAGAGCACCAGAUCAACGGUGAAGCCACAGCGGCCGAGCUCCACAUUGUACAUUAUGAUUCUGACUCCUAUGACAGCUUGGGCGAGGCUGCUCCAAAGCCGCAGGGCCUGGCUGUCUUGGGCAUCCUCAUUGAGGUGGGUGAGGCUAAGAAUCCAGUUUAUGAACAUAUUCUGAGUCACCUCCAUGAAAUCAGGCAUAAAGAUCAGAAGACUUCAGUGCCUCCCUUCAAUGUGGGAGAGCUGCUCCCCCCACAGCUGAACCAGUUCUUCCGCUACAAUGGCUCGCUCACCACACCCCCCUGCUACCAGAGUGUGCUCUGGACAGUCUUCAAUCGAAGGGCUCAGAUUUCCAUGGGACAGGUGAGCGGUGGAGAGCUGGAAGAGCUUCAGGAAACGCUGUUUUCCACAGAAGAAGAGCCCUCUAAGCUACUGGUACGGAACUACCGAGCCCCCCAGCCUCUCAAUCAGCGAACAGUCUUUGCUUCUUUCAUCCAAGUGGGAUCCUUGUAUACUACAGGCGAAAUGCUGAGUCUGGGAGUGGGAAUCUUGGUUGGCUGUCUCUGCCUUCUGUUGGCUGUUUAUUUCAUCGCCAGGAAGAUUCGGAAGAAGAGGCUAGGAAACCGGAAAACCGUGGUCUUCACCUCAGCACGAACCACAGAGGCAUAGACUCCUGUGCCAACAUUAUGGAUGCUCUCCCUUCAUGGAUAUCAGGGAGCUUCUCGAAUGAGGUGCAGGGACUGGCCAGAAAAUACUGUAGGAGUAGUGGGUAGUCACCCCUCUUUUCUGUAGACAGCCCCUACAGAAAGGCGUGGACAGGCUCUUGUUCAUGGAGUAACAGAUAGCCUUCUUCGGCCUCUCAAACAUGUAGAUCAGGACAAUGCAGAUGGCAAAUUAUGUUUAGUUGUAGGGGAAGUUGAAGAUGUACCCCAAAGUCCUCCAUCCCCCUAUCCUUGUGUCUCUUUCCCUAGAUAUAGAACAGGACCUCCCCUUAGGAAAAAGAGUUGCUGCUGUUAGGGUUAUAUUUUUUUCUCAGUAUAUCUGGAAAUUAAACUUUCUAACCCUA